GCAGGACAUCUGCGGCGGCAGCAAGUGCCAGGUGGCCGUGGACACCGGCACCUCCCUCCUCGCCGGCCCCUCCGGGGUCGUGGACAAGCUGGUCCAGGAGCUGAGCGUCGCGGACGACUGCUCCAACAUGCGAGAUCUGCCCGACCUUGGGUUCGUGGUGGGCGGCAAGACGCUGAAUCUGGCCCCAGAGGACUACGUAGCCCAGUCCACGCAGGGGUGCUCCCUGGGGCUCAUGUCGCUCGACAUCCCCCCUCCGAAGGGCCCGCUGUUUAUCUUCGGCGACCCGUUCCUCAGGAAGUACUACACCGUGUACGACCGGGAGCGCCUCCGCGUGGGCUUCGCGCUCGCCCGCCACAGGCCCGUGCCGGAGGACGAGUCCCUGCUCGCCACGGGCCGGUCCCUCCGCAGGAGGACGCCUCGCAGUGCGCGCAACCUGUCCCUCGGGGCGCCCUGAGCCCGCGAGCGGCGGCGGCGGCGGCCCCCGUCCACCCCCCCCCCUCCUGGGCGCGCGAUCGGCGUUCGUGGAUUGACGAUUCGCGGAUUCGACCAUUCGGCGAUCGAUGUCAGGCCAAAGACAGGCGCGGCGCGGCGUGCCCCGCGGCGCGCGCGCGGCCGCCGCCGGCCG